GGCGGAGGAGGGAGAGACCCAGCCCAGCCCUUCUCCGGCUUCAACCGCGGCUCCCAUGCUCCCCAGCCGCCCUCUCCAUUCGAAGAGCCCGAGUGGGGAAGGGGAGGGUCGGCCUUGCGGAGGCCCAGCAGGAGUGGAGAGAAGCCGGGCGAGGAGGAGGCAGGAUUUGCACCAGGCUCCCCGAUCGCCCGAUCCUGUCUCCGGAGGGGGAGAGAAGUGGGGCGGCCUCUCCAGCUGCCUCCCUGCUCGGGGGGACCUCGGCUCUGCGCUGGGAUGAGCCGCUUGGGGCUCCGGGCAGGUUGGGUGAAGGUUGUUCAAUGGCUAAAUUCUAUUGUCUUAAUUCUUGGUAUUUAUUUUUCCUUCCAUCUCAGAUACAGAAACUUGAAGCCAUUUGAAAUCUUUGCAAGGCAAAAGUUUCUCUUGCUGGGAAAAAAAAGAGCGGAAUCCCUUGCAGGGAUCAUUCCUGCAGCCCCAGAAAUGGUCCCGUGAAGGAAAAGGCAUCUGGAGACCCACCAGAGUCCUUGGAGCCAUUUGCAGUUGCUCUGCAGGACAGAGAAAGGAUGGAGACACAACCUUUUGGAAAGGAGGGAAGCGGAAAAGGCCCUUCAGCUGCUCAGCCUUGGAAGGGGGGAAAGCUCUGGACAAGGACUGGGCAGAAGAUCCUGGAGGAGGAAACCAUCCUCCCUUCAGAAGUUCAGCCCUGGAACUUCAUCCAAUACCAGGAGGCUGAAGGUCCCCGAGGACUUUGCAGGCGACUCCAUGACUUUUGUAGGCGAUGGUUGAGACCCGAAAAGCACACCAAAGCCCAGAUGUUGGACCUGGUGGUUCUGGAGCAGCUCCUGUUCCUUCUGCCUCCAGAGAUGGAGAGCUGGGUGCGAGAGUGUGGAGCAGAGACCAGUUCCCAGGUGGUGGCCCUGGCUGAAGGCUUCCUCCUGAGCCAGGUGGAGGAGCAGAAGGAGCAGGUCGAGUUGCAGUGCUGCACUGUGGAGAUCAGAGAUCCUGAGGGAAAGAAGAACCCAUCAAAUCCCACUCAGGAGCUAUUUUUCAGGGGGAUCCCUUGGGAAGAUCCAAGUCAGGACACCUCAGGAGAGAAACAAAGCAUGAACUUUUCUGUUUUUUAUGAUGGAGAUCAAACAGCGGUUGAACCUCCAAAUCAAGAGAGUCUUGUGUCCUUCGAGGAGGUGGCUGUGUAUUUGUCUGAGGAGGAAUGGUCUCAGCUGGAUUCUGACCAAAAAGCCCUGCAUUUGGAAGUCAUGCUUGAAAACCAUAGGAACGUGGUCUCUCUGGGUAAUAAUGGGCAGGAGAAUCAAGAUUCCUGGGAACUGUUCCAAGUGAUCAAUGCUAAAGAUGGAACAGAGAAGUUUGGAAUUCAAAUGGAAUUUGAAAGCCAUGAGAGAAACCAGUCAAAUAAUUGGAAUUUGGAUACUUCAUCUUCCACUGAUGCUAUGAUACAAGACUUUCUUGCCCAACAAGAGAGAUCAUAUAAAUGCAUGGAGUGUGGAAAGACCUUUGCUCUGAGCAGUAGACUUACUGUCCACAAAAAGAUCCACACAGGGGAAAAGCCACAUAAAUGCAUGGAAUGUGGAAAGACUUUUACUCAAAGAGGUAAUCUUAUUUCCCAUAAGAUGAUCCACACAGGAGAGAAACCAUAUACAUGCAUGGAGUGUGGAAAGACCUUUGCUCAACGCAGUUAUCUUGCUUCCCAUAAAAAGAUCCACACAGGAGAAAAGCCGUAUAAAUGCAUGGAGUGUGGAAAGACCUUUCCUCUGAGCAGUAGACUUACUAUCCACAAAAAGAUCCACACUGGGGAAAAGCCAUUUAAAUGCAUGGAGUGUGGAAAGACCUUUACUCGAAGAGAUCAUCUUAUUUCCCAUAAGAUGAUCCACACAGGGGAGAAGCCACAUAAAUGCAUGCAGUGCGGGAAAACCUUUACUCAUAGCAGAGGACUUACUAUCCACAAAAAGCUCCACACAGGAGAGAAACCAUAUAAAUGUAUGGAGUGUGGAAAGACCUUUGUUCUGAGCAGUAGGCUCACUAUCCACAAAAAGAUCCAUACAGGAGAAAAGCCGUAUGAAUGCAUUGAGUGUGGAAAGACCUUUGCUCUGAGCAGGAGACUCACUAUCCACAAAAAGAUCCACACAGGAGAAAAGCCGUAUAAAUGCAUGGAGUGUGGAAAGACCUUUGCUCUGAACAGUAGACUCGCUAUCCACAAAAAGAUCCACACAGGGGAGAAGCCGUAUGAAUGCAUGGAGUGUGGAAAGACCUUUGCUCAAAGAGGUAAUCUUAUUUCCCAUAAAAUGACCCACAUAGGGGAGAAGCUGUAUGAAUGUAUAGAGUGCGGAAAGAAAUUUGCUCAACGCAGUUAUCUUGCUUCCCAUAAAAGAAUCCACACAGCUGAGAAACCAUAUAAAUGUAUGAAUUGUGGAAAGACCUUUGCUCAACGCAGUUAUCUUGCUUCCCAUAAAAAAAUCCACACAGUGGAGAAGCCAUAUAAAUGCAUGGAAUGUGGAAAAAGCUUUGCUCGGAAUCGUAGUCUUACUUCUCAUAAAAGGAUCCAUACUCAGGAGGAACUACAUAGUAAUAGCAAUUUCACCACUCCACAGUGCUUUGCGGGACGGGGCGCGCUCGACCAAGAGAAUGGAACACCAGUCGCUUCCCCAUUGGUCCCCUGGAGAACGAACAGUUGCCUUUCCAGAGGAGGCGGCGACGUGAGUGACGUCACAAACGCUUGCUGCUCUAGGAGGCUGCACUCGCUCUCCUUAACCCUCGGGGCUCCGCAGGAGGCGGAGAGUGUGGCGGGGGAGAUCCAGACGUGCCUCGGCCAUUUGAAAUCUUUGCAAGCCAAACAUUUUUUCUUGGGGGGCAAAAAAAAGAGCGGAAUCACUUGCAGGGAUCAGUCCUGCAGCCCCAGAAAUGGUCCCGUGAAGGAAAACACAUCUGGAGACCCACAAGAGUCCUUGGACCCAUUUGGAGUUGCUCUGCAGGACAGAGAAAGGAUGGAGACACAACCUUUUGGAAAGGAGGGAAGCGGAAAAGGCCCUUCAGCUGCUCAGCUUGGGAAGGGGGGGAAGCUCUGGACAAGGACUGGGCAGGAGAUCCUGGAGGAGGAAACCAUCCUCCCUUCAGAAGUUCAGCCCUGGAACUUCAUCCAAUACCAGGAGGCAGAGGGUCCCCGUGAACUUUGCAGACGACUCCAUGACUUUUGUAGACGAUGGCUGAGACCAGAAAAGCACACCAAAGCCCAGAUGCUGGACCUGGUUAUUCUGGAGCAGCUCCUGUUCCUUCUGCCCCCAGAGAUGGAGGGUUGGGUGCGGGAAUGUGGAGCAGAGACCAGUUCCCAGGUGGUGGCCCUGGCUGAAGGCUUCCUCCUGAGCCAGGCAGAGGACCAGAAGGAGCAGGUCGAGUUUCAGUGCUUCAAUGGGGAGAUCAGAGAUCCUGAGGGAAAGAAGAAUUCAUCAAAUCCCCCUCAAGACCUAUUUUUCAGGAGGAUCCCUUGGGAAGAUCCAAGUCAGAACACCUUAGGAGAGAAAAAAUACAUGAAGUUUUCUGGUUUUUCUGGCAGAGAUCAAACAGCGGUUGAAUCUCCAAAUCAAGAGAGUCUUGUGUCCUUCGAGCAAGUGGCUGUGUAUUUCUCUGAGGAGGAAUGGUCUCAGCUGGAUCCGGACCAAAAAGUGCUGCAUUCAGAAGUCAUGCUUGAAAACCAUAGGAAUGUGGUCUCUCUGGGUGAUAAUGGGCAGGAGAAUCAAGAUUCCUGUGGACUGUUCCAAGUGAUCAAUGCUAAAGAUGGAACGGAGAAGUUUGCAAUUGGAAUGGAAUUAGAAAACCAUGAGAGAAACCAGUCAAAUAAUUGGAAUCAGGAAAGCUCAUCUUCCACCGAUGCUAUGAUACAAGACUUUCUUGCCCAACAAGAGAGAUCAUAUAAAUGCAUGGAGUGUGGAAAGACCUUUGGUAUGAGCAGUAGACUUACUGUCCACAAAAAGAUCCACACAGGGGAAAAGCCACAUAAAUGCAUGGAGUGUGGAAAGACCUUUGCCCAACGCAGUUAUCUUGCUUCCCAUAAAAAGAUCCACACAGGGGAAAAGCCAUUUAACUGCAUGGAAUGUGGAAAGACCUUUGCUCGAAGAGAUCAUCUUAUUUACCAUAAGAUGAUCCACACAGGGGAGAAGCCGUAUAAAUGCAUACAGUGUGGGAAAACCUUUACUCAUAGCAGAGGACUUACUAUCCACAAAAAGCUCCACACAGGAGAGAAACCAUAUAAAUGUAUGGAGUGUGGAAAGACCUUUGUCCUAAGCAGUAGACUCACCAUCCACAAAAAGAUCCACACAGGAGAAAAGCCGUAUAAAUGCAUCGAGUGUGGAAAGACCUUUGCUCAUAGCAGUGGACUCGGAAGACACAAAACGAUACACACAGGAGAGAAACCAUAUAAAUGCAUGGAGUGUGGAAAGACCUUUGCUCAAUGCAGGUAUCUUGCUUCCCAUAAAAAAAUCCACACAGAAGAGAAGCCGUAUGAAUGCAUGGAGUGUGGAAAGACCUUUGCUCAAAGACGUAAUCUUAUUUCCCAUAAAAUGACCCACAUAGGGGAGAAGCCGUAUGAAUGUAUAGAGUGUGGAAAGAAGUUUGCUCAACACAGUUGUUUUGCUUCCCAUAAAAAAAUCCAUACAGUGGAGAAGCCGUAUAAAUGCAUGGAACGUGGAAAGAGCUUUGCUCAGAGUUGUACUCUUACUUCUCAUAAAAGGAUCCACGCUCAGGAAAAACUAUAUAAGUAAUAGCAAUUUCACCUAGACUGAUAUACCACUCCACAAUGCUUUGUGGCACUCUACGUAACCGGGAAUUUCCUUACAGUGAGUUCACUGAAACAGCUUGCCUUUACACAUUGUGGGUGCUUCAUUUUAAAGAAGAGACUGGACGAUCACUUGUGUGAAAUGAUAUAGGAUCUCCUGCUUGAGCUGGACUAGAAGAGCUCCAAUGUCCCUUCCAGCUCUGUUCUGAUUUUGAUUCUGAAUCCUCAGUCCUUUCUUGUGCUUUUUCUCUAAGUAGGAGGUUUUAAAGCAAACACGAGCAUCAGUGGAGGUUAAGGUUAUCGUUUGCCCUGUAUGUGAUGUGUGGAUGCCAAUAUUUAAGUGGGUGCAUAUGUCCUAAUGGUUUCAAGAAAGUCCCUUUGAUUAGUAUAUCCACUAGAGCAGAGUUGCAGGCAAAAAUGCAAUUAGUCUUGAAUCCCUUACUACUGUUUCAGCAUUUCUUACUUUGCUUAAUAUUGUCUCAGUCUGCCUUUCCACCCUGGUUCACAUUAUGUAAUGCACGUAAUAACAGAGAAAGAAAACCAUAAGGAGGUUAUAGUGAUGCUGAAUUAGAAAAUCCAACUCAUGGGCUCUUUCUCCAAAUUUUCUGGUGAUCCUUCUUUGGCUUUCCUCAUGUUGCCCAUAUCUGGACACACACAAUCUUCUCAAUAUCUUUUUUUUUUAAGCAUUCACAUUAUUCCAAAUGGUGUCUCACUAAAGCCUUAUAUAGAGGAUUAGGACCUCCUUUUUCUUGAUGGUGAUACAUCUGGUGCUGCAUCCUAGAAUUUUUUUGCCUUCACAGCUGCCUGGCCACACUGUUUACUUCUUUUGCAGUUAUCAUUGUUUCACUGCCAUGGUAACUUCUUUCAUAUAGUUGUGUAAAAAAAAAUGCUGUUUGAACUCAUUUAUUCAAAUACAGAAUAGUUCUAGCGUUGUGGAAGUAUGCAUGCCUUUGUGUCCUCUCCAACCUUCUUCCACACAGGGAGGGUUAAAGCAAGUAGUGCGAACUCUCAAAACAACCCUAUCUGAAGCCAUAUUUUUCUUGCUUUGUUUCUUAGUUACCAUUCUUAUGGGGAGGAGGCAAUUUAUGGAAUGUAGAAUGUUUUCUCCCAUGUGCCAGGCAUAAAAAUGAUAAGUCUCCCGAGAACCAAGACCAAAUCUGCCUGCCGUAGCAAUGGCAGGACGGAGUGCUGAGAAGUUCAUCAUCUGCUUGGUUGGCUAAUGUGACCAUUGACAGGAGAUGGGUUGACAGUAUCUAUUCCUUAUUUUUACCAAAAACACAGGAAUUAUUGAAUAUUGGUUUCAUCUUUCAAUAACUGGAUUUUUGAGGAAGCCAAGGCCUCAGAAUCUUGAACUGGUUGGAAGCAUUACUUGGCACCAUGACAAGCAGUUUUAUUAAGAGAGAGCAGUGGUAGGGAAUUUGGAUGAAUAUUAAGUUCCCAUAGGUAGGCAGCCUACUGGCCAAUCAAGUUAGUCCUUGAUUUACAAUAAUUUUUAUGCAAACUUUCGAAGUUACCAUGGCAACAAAUGAUGUUUCUGAUUCCCUCCCUCCCUCUCAAAUUAGGCAUACUCCAGGGAAUCAGAAUGAAAGCCACUCCAGUACGCUAACCUUGCAAAUGAUCAAUCAAGAAGGAAGACCUUUGAAAAUCAAUGGGGUCAUGUGAAGUUAAGAACUAGUUCAAAAAACAACUUCAAUCCUUCCCGAUGAAACACGCAGAAAUGCGAACGGGAACUUUCUUUGGAAUGUGAGGUUACCAAAAAUAAUCCAAACUGCCAAUAAAUGAGAAAAUGUGUAGCUCACGGUUGAAACGAGGGGUCCUUGGUGCUCUCUGAGCUUGAUUGCAGACAUUUCAUUACCCAAUGAAAUAGGAACAUCAUCAGUGCACCAGCCAAUCUCAGAGGGCACUAAGGACCUCUCAAUACAAUUAGCGUCCGUUGUGUCAAAUUAAGAUCUGAGUCAACCAGUAUGAAUGCAGAAACAAGGAAUCUCUUUCGAUCAAAGACCUUUUAUGAUGAGAUGGAAUAAUGACAGAUGUCAAUAUAGAGUUUGUGGAAAAAGCUUCCAGGUGAAUAAUUUGUUUUUCAUAGAAGGGCCAGAAUGAACGGAAGCUAAAACAAAUGCAUAGGCAAAAUAUAUUUUUCAAGCGUCAGGGCCAUAUUUUUGUAUUUUUAUGGUUUGCCAUUAUUUAUUUAUUUAUUUGUUCAACUUGUAUGCCGCCUUUCUCCGAAGACUCAAGGAGGUUUACAAUGCAUUUAAAAACCAUAUAUAAAAACUUUAAAAAUUAAAAACAUUAAGGUAAUUUAACAUUAAAUAUGUAUCAGUCGUAUGGUUACUUGCUACACAUGCAUAAAGUUCUCUUCAGAAGAGACUGGGGGGGUCUGCCCUUUCUGGCCCCUCCCUUUGCCGAGAUGCUGAGCGAAUAGUUUGGAAAAGGCAGCUGCAUGUAUUGAAUUAAAUAAAAAAAAUCAUUUUCCU